UCGACAUUUGUAUUGAAGGUUCUGACUUUGGUCCUAGCGGACAUUCGUCUUGAGAUCCCGAUGUUCUUCAAAUCUAGGAAUGCUGCCCUUGCUUUUGUCUGAUGGCCAUCCUGAUUUCUUCCGUCGUUGGUACAGUGACAGCUAUAGGGAGGUCUGUAGUUGCUGCUUCGAUGUCUGGUGGAUUCAAUAGAGCUCGUCUAUUCAAGAGAUUCUCGAAUUUUUCUACCCAUCUGUUCUUGAAUCUCGGUGAUUGUCUUACCUUCCUUGUCCUUGGACGGUCUCUCUGGUUUACUAUGUUUCCAUGCUAGUUUCUUCGUUGUGUCAUGUAUCUGUCUCAUAUUCCAUUCUCUUGAAAGACUCAGUAGACGCCCAACUUCGAGAUCAACAGCCUGGAUUCCGUAAGGAUCAGUCGUGCACAGGCCAAAUUGUGACGCUUCGGAUCAUUGUUGAACAAUCAGUUCAGCUGAACUCGUCACCGUACAUCAACCUAAUUGACGAUGAGAAAGCGUUUGACACAGUGGAUAGGAGAAAUUUAUGGAAACUUCUUCGACACUAUAGUGUAUCUGAGAAAAUCGUCAACAUUAUCCGGAAUUCCAUACGACGGACUAUACUGCAAGGUCGUACAUGAAAGACAGAAGCACUCCAAGUAAGAACCAGAGUCAGACAAGGUGGCUCACUUUCUUCCUUUCUCUUUUUUCUAGUGGUCAACAUCUGAGGGAAAAUAUGAAAUACAAUGAAAAGCUCGGAAUCAAUUAGAAGAUUUGGACUUCGCAGAUGACCUGGCC